CGUUAUCAGUUAACCCGGAAACCGUUUUCACGCCGGCGGUCACCUCUACGGUCCAUGCUGCUGCUUCAGUGUGUGUUACGCCGCACGGAGUCCGAUAGUCGUUUAUGAUGGCGGAGUUCCAGCAAGCACGGGUUCAGUCUGCUGUGGACGAAAUGGUACAGUGUUUAGAGAGGGAUCAUAUUCGCAAAAUGCAGUCUCGUAUGUUUCGCUGCAGUGCAGAGUGUUGUGACCGGCCUGGCGCAUCAAUGCAACAGGUACACCAGUGCAUUGAACGAUGCCACACUCCAUUAGCACAAGCUCAAAAUGUUGUCACGACUGAGUUGGAGCGUUUUCAGGACCGGCUAACUCGUUGUACCAUGCACUGCACUGACAAAGCCAAGGACGCCUUUGAUUCAGGAUCUAAGGAACCAGCAGUCAAAGCCCAGAUGGAACAAUGUAUUACCUCGUGCGUGGAUGAACAUGUCAAUUUGCUACCAAGUAUGACACGGAAGUUACGAGAAACUCUAGACUCUUUUGGAAAGUAAAGUGAAAGGUAUAAAGUAGUAACUGGAAUGAGGACCCCUGGCUUCCAGAGUCAAGAUGUGAUCAAGACAUUAAGAACAUCACUGGGGUUUGUUAACCCUGAACUGAAAAGACUGUCUGUAUCUGUAAUUUAUGCAUUUUAUUUUGUAAUUAGAAACAUAAAUCUUUCUGUGGGUUUGUCUCUUUAUGCCCAUACUUGAAACAAGUGUGGAAAACUUUUUUGUUAUCCAACCAGUAAUCAGUAACUGUUAAAAGUAUGAAAGAUGAAAGGAAUCUUUAAGUGUGGCCAAGCAGAUAUGGUUCAUGAUUUAUAUCAUUUUUGAUUGUUUUCUAGUUCACCUUUACAUCACCAAAAUAACCUUAAAUUUUCUGUCAUUUUAGAGUCAAGUGAACCAAAUACAUUUUAAGAAAAUGUAAAGCAAGUGCAAAAAAACCUGUGUCCUUAUAUUACAGCAUGUGCUGAAAUUUCAAAUGCAUUUAAAAUCUGUGUCAUAUUAGUAAGAAAUAUACUCCAUAUGUGACUGUUUGAAUGGUGAUUAUGAAGUGUAAUGGGGCACCCGAUAGCAGCAAGUAUGGAAAUGGUCAGAUUUGCUUGUGUACUCUAAAAUUGUGUUUAUAGGGUGAACUGAAACUUUGCUGGAAUAUAAAAUAUGUUUUUAACUAGCCUGUGCGGAUUACAAAAUCGGCAUGAGCCACAGUUCUCAACAAGAUAAAGUAUUUUGCAAAUUUUAGUCUUUGUUUAUAUUUUAUAUAUUUGUAACUUUGUUUAUAUAACUCAGGAGAGUUUACAAACUGAUCAGGGCUUUAGGUGUAUCAAAAAACCUGUCUAACAGAAAUUAACUAAUUUAAUUCUCAAAUGUUCACCAUAUUUGUAUUCUAAUAGUGUGAAAUUUGUUGCAAGUCAUAUAACAGAACACACACAGAGCAAUGACCCUGGAGAUGUUUAACCCCACUUUGAGGUCUGUGUGCACAAUCUCAUUGGUCUUACCAUUUUGACACUUAUCUAAUGUAAAGUUUGUUUAUAAUAAUUUUUGAGUUCCGUAGUUUUACAUAUACUGUACAUAAAAAUGGUAAGGUGAUUAUGUAACACAAUUUCUGAAUUAUGCACUGGAGCACCUGAAUAUUACAUUCUUCUGUCAUGCCAAACAAGCAUUGUGAAAAGAAAAAUCACCUUGUUUUGUGCUAUUUUUCUAGGUCUGUAAUGAAAAUAAAUGUUUAAUUAUAUUAUUAGUCCCUAUUUAAUACUAUUUUCAUAUCUCUCUAUUAUAAUUAAAAAAUCCUGGGACCAGACGAGACUUUUUCAGAGAGAUACUUUCACGUCCCGCGAGACGAGACUUUAGAGAGUCAUAUGAAAAAGUUU